AUGCACCUUCCCGCCGCCCGAUUCCCAUUUCCCGUCGCCAGACAUGCCUUCCUGCCUCCCUAUUCCCUUUUCCGUCGCCCGAAUAUCUGUCCCUCCCUUCUCUCCCUUCCCUCCCUUCUCUCCCUUCCCUCCCUUCUCUCCCUUCCCUCCCUUCUCUCCCUUCCCUCCCUUCUCUCCCUUCUCUCCCUUCUCUUCCUUCCCUCCCUUCUCUCCCUUCACUCCCUUCUCUCCCUUCCCUCCCUUCUUUCCCUUCCCUCCUUGCUCUCCCUUCCCUCCCUUCUCUCCCGGCUCCCCCUCCCCUCCCUGUCCCCCUUCCCUCUUUCCCUCCCUUCCCUCCCUUCUCUCCCUUCCCUCCCCUCCCUCCCCUCCCUCCUUUCCCUCCUUUCCCUCCAAUCCCUCUCUUCUCUCCCUUCUCUCCCUUCCCUCCUUUGCUCCCUUCCCUCCCUUCUCUCCCUGCUCUCCCAUCUCUCUUUUCCCUCCCUUCUCUCCCUUCCCUCCCUUCUCUCCCUUCCCUCCCUGCUCUCCCUUCCCUCCCUUCUCUCCCUUCCCUCCCUUCUCUCCCUUCCCACCCUUCCCUCCCCCGACUCCUUUCCCUCCAAUCCCUCCCUUCUCUCCCUUCCCUCCCUUCUCUACCUUCCCUCCCUUCUCUCCCAUCCCUCUCUUCUCUCCCUUCCCUCCCUUCUCUCCCAUCCCUCCCUCCUCUCCCUUCCCUCCCUUCUCUCCCUUCCCUCUCUUCUCUCCCUUCCCUCCUUUCCCUUCUCUCCCGUCUCUCCCUUCCCGCCCUUUCCCCCUUCCCUCCUUCCCUCCUUUCCCUCCCUUCUCUCCCUUCCCUCCCUUCCCUCCACUCCCUCCUUUCCCUCCAAUCCCUCCCUUCUCUCCCUUCUCUCCCUUCCCUCCCUUUCCCCCUUCCCUCCCUUCUCUCCCUGCUCUCCCAUCUCUCCUUUCCCUCCCUUCCCUCCCUUCCCUCCCUUCCCUCCCUUCCCUCCUUCCCUCCCUCCCUCCUUCCCUCCCUUCCCCCCCUUUCUCACUUCCCUCCCUUCUCCCUUCCCGCCCUUCUCUCCCCCCUUACCUUCUAUCCCUUCCCUCUCAUCCCUCCUUGCAAUCUCCUGUCUCUCCCUUCUCUCCUUUCUCUCCCUUCACUCCCAUCCCUCCCGUCCCUCCCUUCUCUCCCUUCCCUCCUUUCCCUCCCCUUCUCUCCUUUCCCUCCAAUCCCUCCCUUCUCUCCCUAUUCUCCCUUCCCGUUCUUCUCUCCCCCCUUACCCCAUCUCCCUUUGCUCGCUUUUGGCCUCCCACCACCUCAACCUGCCUUCCCGUCUCCCCUUCAUGCCUCACACCACCUUUCCCUUCCUUCUCAGCCCGCCUUCAUGCCUCCCACCACCUUUCCCUGCAUGCCCCUCCCCCUUUCAUGUGUCCCACCUCCUUUCUCUGCCUUCCCAUCUCCCCUUCAUGCCUCCCAACACCUCUCUGUGCCUUCGACCUUUCGUCCCUCCCAUCCACUCCUUUCUCACUGGGCCACUCUUUGUCCUGCUCACCCUCCCAUCCCCUUCCAGCCACUCCCAUCCCCUUCCAGCCCCUCCCAUCCCCUUCCAGCCCCUCCCAUCCCCUUCCAGACCCUCCCAUCCCCUUCCAGACCCUCCCAUCCCCUUCCAGCCCCUCCCAUCCCCUUCCAGCACCUCCCAUCCCCUUCCAGCCCCUCCCAUCCCCUUCCAGCACCUCCCAUCCCCUUCCAGCCCCUCCCAUCCCCUUCCAGCACCUCCCAUCCCCUUCCAGCCCCUCCUAUCCAUGCGCACACUGCCGGUUCGUUUACCUACUCACUUCACAAACUUCCCUACUCCCUUCUGCCUGUUCCCCGCCAGAUAUCAAAGAUGUUCUCGCGCCAACGUGGGCGCCGGCAACGGUUGA